AUGACCGCGGAAUCCGUCCCGCACCCGAUUGCUCAGAUGGAACAGGUAGCACAGUCGGGACCAGCUGGCGGGCCGACGACAAGUGACACUCACAGAAAUGCAGCGGUAGCCACCGCGCAAGUAACCCAAGGCGACCGUGCUCAAAGCACACAUAGCGAGCAAAAUAAUCGACAGACGAACAAGCGUAGCUUGGACUACAUCGCAAGGAGCGGGUUAGCGGGGGGUCUAGCGGGGUGUGCUGCCAAAACGGUGGUGGCCCCCUUGGACCGGGUCAAGAUUCUUUUCCAAGCCUCAAACCCGCAGUUUGCCAAAUACACAGGCAGCUGGACGGGCAUGGUGGCGGCGAUUCGCGAUAUCAAACGAUAUGAAGGCGGCCGAGGCCUCUAUAAAGGUCAUUCCGCUACGCUUCUUCGCAUCUUCCCUUACGCAGCGAUCAAAUUCCUCGCCUAUGAGCAGAUUCGAGCGGUAUUCAUUCCGUCACCCGACAAGGAGACGCCGGGUCGCCGACUCCUAUCUGGCAGUCUGGCGGGCAUCACAUCAGUGUUUUUCACAUAUCCCUUGGAACUCAUCCGAGUGCGAUUAGCAUUCGAGACAAAGAAGACCUCGCGCUCUUCCUUGAGAGACGUCUUCCGGCAGAUCUACCACGAACGAGUUUCGCCGCCCUCCACCUCUAGUGGAAUCUCCGCAUCGUCAGCUACCGGCGCUACCGCCGCAACCACGGUCGAAAAUGUGUCCUCCUCCGUGAAUAAGGUCGUCCCCAGCUCAGGGAUCGCCAACUUCUACCGUGGAUUCAUACCCACCAUGCUAGGCAUGUUGCCUUACGCCGGAAUUUCCUUCCUCGUGCACGAUACCGUCGGCGACUGGCUCCGACUUCCCUCCGUCUCUCACUACACCACCAUUCCCGAAUCCGACCUCUCUCCCGCUCAGCAGCAAUCACAGAAACCCUCGCGACGGUCGCAAUUGACUGCCGCCGCCGAAAUAUUCUCCGGAGCUGUCGCCGGCCUCUGCUCGCAGACUGCAUCAUAUCCGUUCGAGGUGAUCCGACGGCGCAUGCAAGUCGGUGGCGUUGUCGGUGAUGGUCACCGACUCGGAGUUGCCGAAACCGCCCGCACGAUUUGGCUGGAGCGGGGAUUCCGGGGAUAUUUCGUUGGAUUAACGAUUGGCUACAUCAAGGUGAUGCCGAUGGCCGCGACCGCCUUUUUCGUGUACGAGAGGCUGAAGUGGUCUCUUGGAAUUUGA